AUGAAUCGACUUGAAACAUGGUUGAAACAACCCAUUAUUUCCACCAGAACAUCUUUCACUAUAGCUCGGAUCGUGGAUAGAAGGAUAUGCCAAUGUUUAGGUCCCUUUGGCGACAACGAUCUAGCCGUCAUCGGAAGAAGAUGCCAACUUCAUCAUCCGCCUCAGCUACGCGACGGCCCGUCGCGCUCGUCGCGAGCUAGCUACGAAACCUCGCUGUUAGAAAUGCAGCCUCACUACCCCACCCCAGCUAUCCGCAUCGUUGUCUCAUGCGACGCUGAGCGAUACUUUGCGGUCGACAUCACCGGCGCUAGAGAUGCCAGUAAUAUCCGAGGGCGCAUCUUCGAGAAAUUGAAUAUUCCGGAGGACGAGCAGUCGCAUUACUCUAUCUUCCAGUCAGAGAUAGGGACCUUCGGUAUAGGUGCCGCAUUAUCGGAUGACAUGCUCAUCGAUCUAUGUCGACAAUACGGUGACCCCUCGGGUUCACUCAAAUUCUUUGUUUCACCUUACCAUGACAAACCAUCGGUUAUCUACCAACCCCGCCGGACGCCAGAGGGUCGACGACCGAUACGGCGCCACGUCUGA